UAUGUUAUAUGUUUCAAUCUGAUGUAUCAGCAAUGGGAGAUUCUAGAUGUGUCAACGUCGACACUGAAGGUUGCUGAAAAGUGCGGUGAAAUGACUAGCAUUGUGAGAGAUAUGUUUGUGCAUUACAUGAUUGUGAUUGGAGUGGGUAACAAGGUGAAGGGGCUGGAGAAAGCAAAAGUGAAGAUAGUUGUGAUGAACUGGCGCCAUGAAAACUAUGAGUUUGAAUACGGUGUGCUAACAAUGAGAGUCAUGGAGACAUAUAUGGGUCAAGGAAGUAAAGGUUGGGACAUUGGAAUAAAAAAGGGAGAGAAGAAGCACAUUGAUACAUUAAGGGUGAGGUAUUCUGCCACAAUACUUUCAGCGGACUACAACGAGACGAAGAACAAAAAUGUGCAAGAGAUUAAGAAGGAUGCAAAAGUGAAGAAGCAAGACAAAGGAAAAAUAAAGAAGUGAACUGAGCUGUUUGUCAAACAUUACUACAUUUGGUUGCGGAAUUUCUUGUUUUUGUAUAAUUGGGUUUUGGUUGUGAUGUUUGAUUUGAAGGUUAAAACGUUUUUAGACAAAGUCUUUUUUGCAUGGUUUUGAUGACUGAUAUAUUGGUUAUUGAAUUUUUGUGUGUUAAUUU